AUGACUUCUUAUAGAGAUUAAGCCUUUGGAAUAAAUUCAAGGCCUUCAAAUGACCCAAUAAGAUUUCCAUAAACUAUAACAGGUGAUAUAUAUACAAAUUUGCCAUAAAAACCAUUAGCCAAUGAAUAGACUUCAGGAUUGCCAUUUUAAUUUGGUUCUGCUCCUGCUAGAGCAUAUGCUUAAGAAGUAAUUUGAAUAAUAAUAUAUUAGCUUUAAUUAUCUCCAGAUAUAUAAGUACUAGCGAGAUAAUAACAAAUGUAAUAACAUCCAACUGCAAUGCCGGUAUAAUAAAAAGUGAUCUAACCUUCGCCUUUAUAUUAAGAAAUCUAACAUUUUGAUAAACCAGUUAAAGUUGUUUCAAGAAAUGAUAUAGAAGAACCAUGGAGAAGUAAUAAUUUUAUUAAAUUGAAGAUAAGUGCUAAUUUUUGGAGAGACAAAUUUAUGAUUUACAACAAGAAAACUUAAGGUUGAGAUAAUAGAAUAUAGCAUCAGAAAAAGUUACAUAUUUUGAAGAUACUGGAAGAGUUAACUAAUUAAUGUAAGAAAUAGAUAGAUUAAAUAAAACUAUAUUGGAUUUAAACUCAGAAAUAGAAUAAUGGAGAUAAAGAUAUUAAAGUUUAGAAGCAUAACUAAAAACAAGAUAAAAUGUAGAAAUGGAAAUUGAAAGAAUGAGAAGAUCAGUUUAAGAUAAUGAAAAUAUUAUGCAUGUAGAAAUGAAUAGAUUAAGAGAGCAAUUAGAUGAAUGGUAAAAAAGAUGUUAAUCACUUGAAUCUUAAAGCUAAGAUGCUUAAACUUAUUUAGCUAAGUCAAGAACACAUGAACAAUAAAUAUGUAAAUAUUGAAAUCGUUAUAUUUUAGUUAAUUUAUAAGCUGAUUUGAAAAAACUAGAAAUAACACUUAAGUCUAAAUAAGAUGAUUAUGAUGCUUUAUAAUAGAAAUUUAAUAGACUUGAAAGAGUGGUUAGAGAUAGUGAAUACUAAUCCUAAGAGAUGGCUAAGUAUUUAUGUUUAAUAUCUUUUUAGUCUUAGAAAAAUUAUUGAUGAUCGAAAUAAAGAGAUUGAUGUUUUAAGAAGAUAAAAUCCAUCAUAAUUUGGAAAUCAAAAUAAUAAGGAUUAGGAAGGGAAGUUGGCUCUUUUUUAGGGAGAAUGUGAAAGGCUUAACUAAUUAUUAAAUCACAAAGAACAAGAAUUGUAACUAUACAGAGAUUAGCUUAAGAGAUAAUCCCACUAUAGUAACAAAUAAUGAAAUCUAUUUUAUUUUGAUAAAAACCAAACUAAC